AUGAGCUGGGGUGGCAAUAGAUACAGCUGGAGAAGCUCCGCCGUUCUGGUGCCCAUCAUCGCCGGCCUGGAGGGCAUGCUGCUCACGUUCUUCUUCGAGCGACAUGUCGCCAAAAACCCCUUCUUGCGUCUUUCAAUAUUCCAUCAUUGGUCGGGAAUUGUGGUGACGCUCUGUACCGUCAUACAGGGCUACCUCCUGUUCGCCAUGAUAUACUACCUGGUCAUCUACCUGAUGGCUUGCCAGCUUUACUCGCCCAUCCUGGCUGGCACUGGACUUCUCCCUUUCGCCAUGACCGUGGUGCCAGUUAGCGGAGUGACGGGAUCGCUGAUUACUCGGAUUGGACGGUACCGAUGGUCUAUAUGGUUGGGCUGGUCGCUCAGCGUCAUGGGCCUGGGACUGCUCGUCCUUCUCGGCCCAGGCACGCAUCCGGCUGCGUGGGUCGUCGUCUUCAUGUGCGCUGGAGCGGGACAGGGUCUGCUUCUCAUCGGCCACUCGGUUGCCAUCCAGGCAUCGUGUAAGACGAAAGAUGCGGCCUACGCUGUAAGCAUGUACUCCUUCGCAAGAAGCUUUGGUCUAUGCCUAGGUGUCAUCCUCGGCGGCACGAUCUUCCAGAACUUCCUUCGCGUGCGCCUUGGAAAUGAUGGUUUGCCGAGGAUCAUUGCCACCAAUUUUGAGGCAUACAUCCCGAUACUGCAAGCACUAUCAAGUGAAAAUUCGCUGAAGAUGCAGCUCCGGGAAGCCUAUGCUUGGGCGCUCAAGAUGCUUUUCGCUACAUCCACUGGCGUUGGCUUCUUCGGGUUAUUACUCAGCCUGCUCAGCCUGACGAUCGGUGAUUACACUUUGGACACUGCCUUCAUUCCCGAGCACUCGUUGAGGAAGUGA